CCAUCUGGAUGUAGACUAACUUCCGGUAAUCUGACCCACUUUUAGGAAAAUAAUGGAUGGAAAACGCAGAGAAGGUGGCCUACCUCCCGGCUGGAGAAGGGAGGAGGUUGUACGAAAAUCUGGCUUAUCAGCCGGCAAAACAGAUGUUUAUUAUUAUAGCCCUGAUGGAAAGAAGAUCCGCAGUAAACCACAACUAGCAAGAGCACUAGGUGAUGCAGUUGAAUUAAGUGCUUUCGAUUUCCGUACAGGUCGUGUAAACUUUAAUGCCUGUCGCAAAAGUAAGGGUCACAAGGGAUCAUCUUUUGACUUUGCCAGAGGAUUACGCCACGAUACCAGUUUGAUUUUACCAAUUCGUCAGACGGCGUCCAUAUUUAAACAACCAGUUACACUGAUACGGAACAGACCGGAGAGUAAAACCAAAUCGGAAUUAAAACACGGUCCACAAGAUCAACCACGACAGUUAUUUUGGGAAAAACGGUUACAAGGUUUAAAACCCUUCGAUAAUUCAGAGGAGGUUAUUCAGUCGAUGGAUUUACCGAGAAAUAUGCAAGGUGUUGGGCCUAACCUGAGCACAGAGAAUAUAUUACAGAGUAUAUCAGCCGCUCUUCAUUUGGGUACAUUACCUGUUACCGGUCAGUUGGCCAGUAAAGGUUCCAUAUUAAAAAAUCCUGGUGUUAAUAUCGACGCCAACCAGCCCCUGAUACAACAGAUGUUGAUCAGCGACGAGGACAUCAGACGACAAGAAAUGAAUGUUCGUCAAGCACGACGAAAUCUCCAAGAGGCCAUGUUGAAAGCAUGAAAAGAUCUGUUCUUUAUUGAUUAGCUGAUAUGAUCGGUUUCAUACAAAGUUAAACAUGAACAUUUUUUUUUCACAUAGGAAAUUUAAAAAAAAAAAUUUCAUGCUGUAAAUUGUAGAUGUGGUUUUGAUCUACGGCUUGGUUUUAGACACAAGCAUGCAAAGAACCGUUAAUCAUCUAAAACAAUUAUUUUUUCUAUUUAAUUAAGUAAGUUAUUCAGGAUUUUACGUGAUAGUGAUUCAGGAUUUUAAUACCACUUACUUCAGCGUAAAAGGGAGUUAUGUCAGACUAAUUAAUCAGGGAGGUCCCUCAAAAUUUUCCGCAUGUCAGUGGUGAAGGGCCUGGCAACGAAUGAUGAUGGAUUUGACAAAAAACCUUGGUACAUCUUAUUAGCAACACAUUGUCCAUGACAGUUGAAAAUCAAAAUAUGAAUAGAUCAUAGCUUCACUCUCUUUAUUUUCUGUACUGAACUACUUUGAUAACAAUGUUUAAUGUUUGAAUGAAAUGAAUGUAAAAGUCCAAUAUUAAUUAGAUUUCUAAAGAAUAUGGAACUGAAGAAUGGUUGCGUGUAUACGUCGUUUAAUAUUUAUAUGAAAUGAUAUGAAUGUCUUCCGAUAGAAUUAGAUACGUAUUUUAGUUUCUUUUAAAAAAGUAGUUUGUUUUAUUUGAGAGAAAUUCCCCGACAUUGUAAAUUAACUCAUGUAAAAUAUAUGAUUAUUGAGCCAAGAAUUAUUCUGUUUGUUUUAUUUGAGAGAAAUUCCUUACAUUGUAUAUUAACUCAUUUAUACUGUAAAAUAUAAAAUUACUGGGCCAAGAAUUAUCCAUUAAAGACCAGGAACUGUUCGCUAACUGCUACUCACCUUGUUCUUGGGGUGACGCUGUACGAAAAAGGCUAGGCUUCUUUGAAAAAUUCUGGAUCGAUUUUGGUAAAUUAGAUUUAUGAAUUUCAUCCAACAACAUGGUCAGUUCCUAGUCCAUAGUACACUCAUACUUGUUUUUCUAGUGGAAAUUCUGGGUUAAAAUGCAUGUCCUGAUCCACCAAUUGAUGAUAGAAUCAUCAUAUUUGUGUUUGUAGAAAUUGUAAUAAAAUGCAGAUGAAGAA